AUGCGUCUGUCCAUCAUCGCAGCAGCUCUUCCUUUGGCCUUGGCGGCCCCCGCUGCCGACAUGGCCCCUCUCAUGGUGCCGCGCGACGCGCAAACCAUUGAUGGCAAGUACAUUGUCAAGUUCAAGGACAGCUCGACCAUUGGCGGUAUGGAAGCCGCCCAGGCGACUGUGGGCGAGGUCCAACACGUCUACCAGGACGUCUUCAACGGCUUCUCCGCGCAGAUGACGGCCGAUCAGGUGACUGAACUGCGCAAGGAUCCGAAUGUCGAGUUCAUUGAGCAUGACUCCGUCGUCAGCAUCAACAACAACAACAUCGUCGAGCAGAAGGGGGCGACAUGGGGUUUGGCCCGCAUCUCAACCCGCGCGCUUGGCGCCACUUCAUACUUCUACGACCAUACUGCUGGAUCAGGCGCUUGCGUUGUCGUCGUUGACACUGGCAUCGCUUGGAAACAUCCCGAAUUCGAGGGCCGUGCUAGGCAGCUGAAGAGCGUUCUCGACGGCACUGUCGGCGCUGAUGGCCACGGGCACGGCACACACUGCGCCGGAACCGUCGGCUCCAAGACCUGGGGCGUGGCCAAGAAGGCGACCCUCCUCGGCGUCAAGGUCCUCGACGAUCGGGGCUUCGGCUCGGCCGGCACCGUCAUCGCUGGCCUGAACUUUGUCCUCACAGACAUCUCUGGCAAGAUCAACUGCCCCAGAGGGAUCGUCGUCAGCCUGUCCCUGGGCGGCGCCCGGUCGUCUUCCCUCAACGCGGCUGCCGCGGCACUGCAUCGAAAGGGCAUCGCCGUCGUGGUCGCCGCGGGCAACGCCAAUGUAGAUGCUUGCAACGUCUCGCCCGCUUCGGAGCCGAGUGCCUGCGCCGUCGGAGCCACUACUCGCGUCGAUGCCCGCGCGUACUUCUCCAACUACGGCCCGUGUGUUGACGUUCAUGCUCCGGGCGUUGAAAUCACCUCGACUUGGCUCAACGGCGGAACAAACACCAUUUCUGGCACUUCCAUGGCCGCGCCCCAUGUCGCCGGCAUCGCUGCCGGCUUAAUGGCCAACGGCGUUGUCAACGGCCAAGGAGCCUGCGAAUACAUCAAGGGCCUUUCCACCAAGAAUAUCGUGACCAACCUUCCCGCCAACACCAUCAACUCUCUGGCUUUUAGCGCCUCAUUCCGUGCGUCGGGCAAUUAA